AUGUCGUUCAAGCUCCUGCUUGCCACCCUCCCAGCCCUGGCAUUUGCUGCCUGCACCGGUCCUGCUGUCAACACCAACGGCCUUGAUCUAAUCAAGAGCUUUGAAUCCUUCCAAGCAAACGUGUACGAUGAUGGCUACGGCAAUCCCACCAUCGGCUACGGCCAUCUCUGCAGCGACUCCACUUGCUCGGAAGUGACAUUCUCCAAGCCAUUGACCGAGGAUACAGCGAGCCAAUUGCUUGCCAAAGACCUAGUGACCUACCAAAAUGGCGUAACAAACGCCCUUGCCACCGCGGUUACUCUGAACGACAACCAGUACGCGGCGCUCGUUUCGUGGACGUUCAACGUCGGCGUCGGGAACAUGCAGUCAUCCAGUCUAGUCAGCCGCAUGAAUGCCGGUGAGAAUGUGGAGACUGUGGCAUCUGAGGAAUUGCCCAAGUGGAAUAAAGCCAAUGGGGCGGUUGUUGCUGGGCUGACGCGCCGGCGGGCUGAUGAAGUGAAGCUGUUCGAGGAGGCUUCUCAGACCAAGGCUUUGCCUGUUGGCUGUUAA